AUGGGGGCUCGAGCGACGGAAACAACUCGGGAACUGGAAAGCACCUCCGUAAAGUAUCAAAUAGGAGGACAUGCAGAGAAAAUGUGGCAACGGCUCAAAGGAAUAUUACGAUGCUUGGUGAAGCAGCUGGAGAAGGGUGACAUUAACGUGGUGGAUUUAAAAAAGAACAUUGAAUAUGCAGCAUCUGUGCUGGAGGCAGUUUAUAUUGAUGAAACCAGGAGGCUUUUGGACACUGAGGAUGAGCUCUCUGACAUCCAGUCAGAUUCUGUCCCGCUGGAAGUACGGGACUGGUUAGCCUCUACAUUCACGAGGGAAAUGGGAAUAGUGAAGAGGAGACCUGAAGAAAAGCCCAAAUUCCGAAGCAUUGUGCAUGCUGUACAGGCUGGGAUUUUUGUAGAAAGGAUGUACCGUAGAACUUCUAGCAUGGUUGGUUUGGCUUACCCAGCAGAAGUGAUUGUAACAUUUAAGGAUGUUGAUAAAUGGUCUUUUGACGUAUUUGCCCUAAAUGAAGCAAGUGGAGAGCACAGUCUGAAAUUUAUGAUGUAUGAGCUGUUUACUCGAUACGACCUUUUGAGCCGUUUCAAGAUCCCUGUUCCCAAUCUUAUUACAUUUGCUGAAGCUCUUGAGGUUGGUUAUAGCAAAUACAAAAAUCCAUAUCACAAUUUGAUCCAUGCAGCUGAUGUUACUCAAACUGUGCAUUACAUAAUGAUUCACACUGGUAUCAUGCACUGGCUCACAGAACUGGAAAUUUUAGCAAUGAUAUUUGCAGCUGCCAUCCAUGAUUAUGAACAUACUGGGACCACAAAUAAUUUUCAUAUUCAGACAAGGUCAGAUGUUGCAAUAUUGUACAAUGAUCGUUCUGUUCUUGAAAAUCAUCAUGUAAGUGCUGCUUAUAGACUCAUGCAAGAAGAAGAGAUGAACAUUCUGGCAAAUUUAACCAAAGAUGACUGGAGGGAGUUGCGUAGCUUGGUCAUUGAGAUGGUCUUGUCUACAGAUAUGUCGGGUCAUUUUCAACAAAUUAAAACAAUGCGACAUACUCUACAGCAGGCAGAGGGGGUAGACAAAGCCAAAGCCAUGUCUUUGAUUCUACAUGCAGCAGACAUAAGCCAUCCAGCAAAAUCGUGGGAACUGCACUACCGGUGGACCAUGGCCCUGAUGGAAGAAUUUUUUCGACAGGGAGACAAGGAGGCUGCUUUAGGUCUUCAGUUUUCGCCACUCUGUGACCGCAAGUCUACUUUGGUAGCUCAAUCCCAAAUAGGUUUCAUUGAUUUCAUAGUAGAACCAACGUUUUCUCUUCUUAUGGACUCAAUGGAGAAAAUUGUUAUGCCUCUUAUAGAGGAAGCAUCAAAAUCUGAAAGUCCUGCAUUUGGGACACCCGGCCAGAAUAGUUUGGGAGCAGUAAGCAAUGCUGAAACACAAAGACGACACAAUUUUAAAACUACAGCAAGUGAUGGAGGGACUCACACAGAAAAUUCUCUAGCAACUGUAGACCUAACAAGCUUUAAGAACAACUUGAUGCAGAUCAUUCAAGCAAACAAAGAAAGAUGGAAGGAAUUAGCAGAAGAAGGUGAGCCUAUACACUGUAAGAAAUCAGAAGAUAUAGUAAAAGCCACUGAGCAAAAACAAGCACUGGUACACAACUAGAUUUCCUAUUUCUUAAAAGCUUCUGACAUUUCAGGCAGGACAGGAGAAAAGAAGAACACUGUCUGUUCCUGCACCUGUGCUCUCAGAGGCUGUUAUCUGUCACCUUAUUCUUGGAUCAUCCUGUUUCUGUGGAGAGUGAUUGGACAAAAUGAUCAAAAGUGUAAAACAUUAAACCCUGAGCUGGUAACUCGAGGCACUUAACAACUCUCAAAAUUUCAGUUGUAUUUGUUGUUGUUAUUUCCUCUUCUAUUCUGCUUUCUUAAACUAGCCAAAAUGAUUUUUUCAGCCAAAGUUGGACCUCGCUCUGUUGUUAUCACUGACACCAGACAUUUCCGAUUAAUCAUGAGACAUGUGAAAACAUGGCAAUGAGCAUCUGCACUGGAUUGCUGUUACAUGUCACUGCUACUGGCAUCCAAUAGAAGUGGAACGUCAAAAUGAGAUGUUGCUAUAGACACUUGUUCAUGCAACCAUGCUGCAUGCAAUGUUGAAGUUCUACUCGUUAGCUUCCUUUAAAUAUCUGGAAUUAAAGAUAUGUAGACUGUGUGGGAAGUUCUAGAGUUGUACAGAUGAGCCCGUGUGAAUGAUGACUCUUUCCCUUUGCGGUGGCUGCCAUAUGGAGAGAAAUGGUGUUUAAGAAAUCAGUAUUUGAAAACCUCUUUAAAAUUAAUUAAAUAGCAUCCAGUAUUAUGAUUAAAACAUUCUCAGUCCAACAGUGUUUUCUCAGAUGUCACAGCAGUGGUGUCAGCCCUACCAUGAAGCUGGUGCUUAUUGUUUUGUAGGCGGAAGAGACUGCUACAAGAAUACCUGGAAAUUGCUUCGUUUCAGCAGAGUUCUGCCUCUCAGGCAGAACUGGAAGGUGGCACUAAGACCUUAUAUCAUGGUUUUUCUCAAAUGCAAAGUUGAUGACAAGUAUGCAACAAAGUCCUUCCUUGCCUUGUUUCAUUAAAAGGAAACACCAGAGCAUCUUUCUCUGAGAGGCAGCGAAAGCGGAGCACGCAGGCGGUUACCUCUGCGAGAAGUCUCAGGAUGAGCCAUCCAGCCCCAGCUGUGCCCGGAAAGAGACUUCAUGUUCAUCUCUGCUUCCCUCAAGCUGCACGGGCCCCUCGGCUUGCCCCUCGGCCUCAUGCAGACUGCCAACAACCUCGUUGCAACAACUGCUGCAGCCUACCAGGAAUCCUCCACCCCCCUCUUCAGGUUGCACGCUCACGGGUGAGUUGGGUCACUGCAUUCCCCAUUCCCCUUUUUGGACCCCGUGGUUAUUACCUCACUGACCAAAAAGUCUGCAAUCAGCCAUGGUCCGCUCUGAAGAGGACUCAUGGGGGCAGUGGCUCUCCCCUCUACGCAGAGGCCUGUGUACUACUCACCUGCUGCUUCAGGGAUCUAACCAGAGCUCAAGCGUAACAUAGGCACCAGGCUCAGCCUCAAUAAGGACACGUUAUCCCCCAGUUGAAGAAGGAAUAGUAAACCAAUCACCCCAUAUUGAGGGAAGUGUACACAUCCAUACCUUUGACUGUCUCCUUUCUGACAGCACAACCAUUGAAAUUGAGCUGGGAACAACACAAACUCUGAGCCCUGGGAUAAGGGCAUGCCAAAAGGUGGACUUUCUGUUGUUGAAUAUGUAAGCCAUAUACACACUAUGCAUAAUUAGUGUGCAUAGUUUUAACUUAAGAAAUAUUUGUGCAUAUAGGUUGUAAAAAGUGCAUUUAAACUGUUUUGUGUAUCUGGUCCAGGGCUUGUAUUUGGCAUGGACAAAGUUCUGUACAGUGCAGUUAAAGAAUGAAAUGUUAACGAAUGAAAUUGUAUCAUAUAUGUUAUAAUGCAAUUGAUAUUUUUUGCUAAGAGUUAAGAAUUUAUAUAUUAUCUGCUAGUGUUUGAGCAAAUCAUUAGUAGCCUGGAUCACUCCAUGCACCUUUGCAAUCCUUUUUGGGGAAUGUCGGGCAAAUUUUUUCCUUUAUAAUGAAAUGUAAACCAUCUUAUGGUUUCUCAUAGUCAUUAUGACAAAAGAAGCAUAUUGUUUAUAUCAGACUUUUUUUUUUUUAAUGUAAAUUGCCAUAUCUUAUGGCAGUAGAAAAUCUUGUUUAAGAUCUGAGAAUUUUGGUUUUAUGUCUUUUCUCUCAAGACAUGGGACCUUAUUUCAGAUGUGUUGAGCAUCUGCAGUCCCACCAAAUUUGAAAAGAUCAAAAGAUGACUGGUAUUUUUAAAAAUUAGGCCAGUUAGAUCUUUGUAAUGUUCUUCAAUAUCGUGAUUUAUGCUUCAUCGAGAACAGAAGUCAGGAGCAAUCCAAAUGUAAUGUUCUUAUUGUAUUUUCAAUUUCAGACUUUUACUGUAGUUGAACUUGACUUUUUCUUUCUGUAUCUCCGCCCCAUCACCAUUGAGAUACUCUGCAGAAGUUUUCUCCUGGAAAUAGAAGCAGAAGUUAUAGCUGAUUCUGCAGUCUACUGGGAGCAUCCUGUGGGGCUCUUGGUGUCCUGUUGUUAUACCCGGUCCUGUGAUCUCCCACUGCAGAGGCUAGGAGGAAUUCCUGAUCUCAUAGGAGGUACUCAGUGCCUGCAGAUCUCCUUCAUUAAUAUAGAAAUGUGAGUUGUGUAUAAAUAUUCCUACUUGCUCAUUUGUAUUCAGUUUUAAUCACUGUGGUAGAUGUUACUGAAAUACAAGCAGAGUCCUUAUUUUUUCUUUAAAGCCAGCUAAUUCUCUUUCUUUUUUCCUUUAUUCUUAGCAAGGUUUUAUCUGGACAUGACCCAAAGCUUACUGUGUUAUUUGGAUGAGGAGAAAUUUACUUUGGUGGAGAAGACCAUAAUAACCAACAUGUGUUAGCUAAGGCUUUGACCUUGGGUGGAAUUCACAUUCAGAUGGCAGAGAGGCUUCUUGUUGGGGCCUCUCCUGAACAAGAAUUUCUCUCUGAAACCUGCAAGGCUGCACUACCAAAACACUGCAUGGGGCCAUAAGAAAUGGUGUUUGUAUAUGCAUCUCUCCCACAGCAUUAUGGGCAUGUAUCCCUGCAUCAAGCACACUGAGGAACUGUAGCUGUAGAUUAGCCCUCAAGAAUUUUAUUUUGUAUUUUUAUCUUGAGAUAUCUGACAAAUAUAUUAUGUAAUAUUGUUAUGGGUUAUGAUCUAGCCAGUAUUUUUUUAUUUAAUUUUCAACAAGGCAAUCUACAACUGUGUGUUUUUAUUCUGCUGUAUUUGUCCGUAUUUCCUAUGAUGAUAUUCCUAAAUAAAUUUGAUUUGAGGGCAAGGAUCGCGAAGCUAUUGAAUGCUAGUUACAAAUUUGCUUUACUGAAGCAUUGCUCAUUUGCAUAUGAUUGCCUUUGGAAAGUGACAGAUCAUAAAUGGUUGUUUCCACACCUUUUUCCUGCUUGCAGCUCCGUGCUUUUUCCGUAACUGUGCCAGUCUGCCAUACAAACUCACUUGCAUCUCAUAGUACUCUUGAAAACAAUUUCUCUCAGUAAGCUUUUCCUUCUUAACCUUUACUGCUAAAGUAGCCCUCAUAUGAAGGAAGCCAUAACCAAUAAAGUAUUUUCUCCCCAAAAUUUUAACCAUGGGCUGGCAUUGUUGAAAUUGCCGGGACUUGUUAGCAGCAAUUCUUCAGGAAGGGUGCAACUUUCAGAGGUACCUCUAUGCCAUAGCAUAAGUUUAAUCAGCAGAGUUCAGUGGUACAGGGCCUCAUCCUGCUACAAACGGAAAUCAGUGGAAAGAAUCCCGUUGGCUUGGACUUGCAUCACAUCCUAACAAGGUGCAUGAUGGUAGUAAAUAUAGACAUCUACUUCAUAGUAUGUUCUUUGCAAUUCCUUUAUCCCAGAUGCUCUCCCUCUUCAGCCACAUGCUUGAAGGCUUGUCAUGUGUUGUAAGUAUGCCAGAAGUCAAACAAGCCACUACUGGGA